CUCAUUCUUCAUUCAUUCCGUUCACCAUCAAUCAACAGAAAAAAAAUAAUCGUCUGUCACGAAGAAUUUAUUUCACUGUAAUAUUAUUUUUGUUGCAAAAUAGUAAUAGAUUAGUAAAAAAUUUCUUUGUUUCUUUAAUUCGCGUAAUUCAUACAGUAAUUGCAAACAUGUUCGAUGUUUUUCCGUAGCAGUGAAUCUAACUUUACUCCGUCAUCGUGUGAUUGUCUCAAGUGCUCCGUGUCUUACUUAACUUUUGUGAAAACAUUUCUGUGAAUUGCGAUGUUGUGCAGAUAGUCAAUUGUUGUGUACCGCGUGUGAAAUGUCACAACAUGGAUGCCCAGAGAGACUGUCGAAUAGAUCCAAAGGUUUCCAGGAUGAUGGACCGAGUCAACCUACGAUGGAGGUUCUUGUGGAAACCCUCACGGGAACCGCGUUUGAAAUGACCGUGCUGCCCACGGACACCAUAUUUGCCAUUAAAUCGAAGAUAUUCAGGGUCGAAGGUAUCCCGGUGUCCCAGCAGCACUUGCUGUACAAUCUCAAGGAGUUGGAAGACUCGUCGUGCCUCCGCGAGCAUGCCAUCGGGGACGGAGCGCGGCUGCGGCUGGUGCUGGGCAUGCGCGGCGGGCCCAUCUCCACGCGCCGCCUGCCGCCGCCGCCCAACACCGAGCCCUGGAGGGACAUCGAACGCCUGCUCGAUACCAACAGUCGUGUUUCCAGAGAGGACGUGGAGUGGGGCGGCAGUGGCUGCAAGGUGACAGUGCUCGUGUUCCGCGACGGGGAGCGCGUCAACAUGCUGCGCGUCAAGGAGAACCACGACGGGACCUACUCGCCGCUCGAACACUCCAAGCUCUAUGCGAAUUCCCCGACACUGACGCAGCUACUGGAGCGUGAGAUCGAAGACUUCAGCCCCGUGGUGGGCAUGAACACGAUGAGCCGCGCCGUGGCCGGGCCGGGCGCGCUGCACGACAACGCCGUCACCAUGGGCAAGAUGAUCGACCUGCGCCGCCGCAUGGAGACCCUCUCCGUGCACAGGCAGGGCCCGAGGGCACUCACCGACACUCCCGAUAAAGUAGAAAUACAGAAGACUCGUAGCGAAGAAACUCUAUCCGUCCCUAGCUUGUUGGAGGAGACCGGCGGCGGGCUCAAGCAGCGCGCGGCUUCCUACGCGCCCAUCAGUGACGCCGAGCACGCGGCCUGCGCCCCCGCCCCGUCCCGCGCGCCCCGCGCCCGCGCCCCGCGCGCCCCCCGCCUCGACCUCGACGUGGCGCUGCCGCCGCUGGCGCCCGACCCGCCGCCUCGGCCCGGGGACACUCCCGUACAAACUGAUUACGCAGCGUGCGGUCCCCGCGGGUCGUGGUCGGAGCUGCGCCCCCCUCGCGGCGGGGCGCAGUCCCAGUCGGCGUCGUCGCUGCACGUGCGCGCGCCGCUGUCGGGCGCGCUGUUCUCGUCGUCCACGUCGGAGCUGGAGAAGCUGCGCGCCGGCCCGCGCCUGCUGCCCGGCCUGCAGCGACACCGCCCAAGGGAGCACCUGCAUCUCAGCGACGAGCGCCUCGACGCCGCGCCCGACCCCGCGCCGCCCGCGCCGGCGGCGGACGCGGCCAGCAGUACCGGUAGUGGUGGGGGCGCGGCGGGGUCGCGGCGUCGCACGCGGUGCGGGCUGUGCCGCAAGCGGCUGAGUAUCGCGACGCUGCACCGCUGCCGCUGCGGCGGGAGUUACUGCGCGCCGCACCGGUACGCGGAGGUGCACGGCUGCGCGUACGACUACCGCGCCGCCGCGCCGCGCCACGACGCGCCGCUGCACGCGCCCAAGCUGCCGCGCAUCUAGGCUCGGCCUAGCCUUAAGAUAAAAAUGUUCAAAAAUCCUCCGCCAUGUGUGUGUUUGUUUUCUUUUGUAAUGAAAUCGUCGUGGAAAAAAAAUUGCAAAAAAAAUAUAUGUAAUAAAUAAUUAUUCGCUCUAAAAUAUCGGCCCCGGUAACGUCGAGGUGCUUUACUUUGUGCUAGGACACGCGUACUCGUAUGGUUUCUACUACCGCCGGGCGCUCGCCGGCUCCCGCGGCCUGGGCCUGCGAUCGGUUGCAAAUUGUUAUAUUUUACUACUGAUGAUGCCGAUCGCACGCCCCGGACGGAGCGCAUCUCAAGUUCCAAAUGUUAAAGUUACAGUACAAAUGAGAAAUAGAGAUUGUAGAAGCAAGUUUAUAUAAAUGUUAAGUAGCUCCAGUACGAGAUCGUACACACAUUCGCCUGUCGAUGUCCCCUUCCCUUGUUGUUAUGCGGCUCCUUUUGGAGCCCUUGUUACACGUCUUUUGUAAAUACUUUCAUAACGUAGUACUCGUAGUACAGGAAAGUAUCUGUAUUGUAAACAAAAGACUGCGAUUGUAAAGUAAUACGAUGUUAUAUUAUAAUGCGCAGGCGACGCUACACUUGUAGUGGAGUUAUACAAGCGUUGUUGUUGUCGUCCGGUGAGCACUCGGCCUAAUUUGUUGUUGUAUAAUACAUUGUAUAACACUAGAUUAAUUAAUGCUUAAAACAUAUUAAUUUUAUAUGAAUAUCAUACUCGCCUGGUCUGGGAACGUCACGGUACCUACUCGAUGUCACUCGGCUGUACGCGACUGCGCCAGACUCGCGCCGACCAUGUUGUUUGUUGCAGGGUAACGUUCAUGGCCGCCGUAGUUAAAUUGUCUUAAUGUAGUUCCAAAUUAACUAAAUAAGUAACAUGUACCAGUAGAACUAACCGCCCAAACUCUAACGCCCCCCACACGCCCGGAUGGCGCGUCGCGAACGUUUCUCGGGACAAAUGUGUUGUUGUAUGGCCUACUGUAAAUAUUCGGGUUCUAAUAGUUUAGAACUUUAGGUAUAUUGUGUUUCCAUAUGUUUAGUGUUCGAGUGUCGGCGCGGCGCACGACGAGAUACAUCCUAAUACAUAAUUAUAUUGUAAUGUUGACAGAUGAUAUAGUUUUGUACUGUUAGUGACUGCGCGGUGCAACUCGUCAGUCCACUUCUUAAUCAUUAUUGUCGGCUGGGUUUGCCAAUUUUUCGUAUUUGAUUGUAUAAUUUAAGUUUAUAGUUAAUGUUUAUUUGGGAGAAAUAAUUUUGGCUGAUUUCGAUAAUAAAUAUUUAUAACGCGAAAGCGUCAAACAAUUUAUUUACUUUUAUCACACUUAUAUUAAUAACAAUAUAAAACUAUUAUUUGGAAUAAUAAAAUCUAUUUAAGUACUAAAA